CCGGGGGCGCGGGGCCCCUGGCGGCUGCUGCUGCUGCUGGCGGCCUGUGCGUGCAGGCGGCGCGGCCCCUGGGCUAUUUCGAGCUGCAGCUGAGCGCGCUGCGGAACGUGAACGGCGAGCUGCUGAGCGGCGCCUGCUGUGACGGCGACGGCCGGACGACCCGCGCGGGGGGCUGCGGCCACGACGAGUGCGACACGUACGUGCGCGUGUGCCUCAAGGAGUACCAGGCCAAGGUGACGCCCACGGGGCCCUGCAGCUACGGCCAGGGCACCACGCCCGUGCUGGGCGGCAACUCCUUCCACCUGCCCCCGGCGGGCUCCGCGGGGGAGCGAGCGCGGGCGCGGGCCGGCGGCGACCAGCACCCGGGCCUCGUCGUCAUCCCCUUCCAGUUCGCCUGGCCGCGCUCCUUCACCCUCAUCGUGGAGGCCUGGGACUGGGACAAUGACACCACCCCGGACGAGAAGCUGCUGAUCGAGCGGGUGGCCCACGCGGGCAUGGUCAACCCCGAGGACCGCUGGAAGAGCCUGCACUUCAGCGGCCACGUGGCGCAGCUGGAGCUGCAGAUCCGCGUGCGUUGCGACGACAACUACUACAGCGCCACGUGCAACAAAUUCUGCCGGCCCCGCAACGACUUCUUCGGCCACUACACCUGCGACCAGUACGGGAACAAGGCCUGCAUGGAUGGCUGGAUGGGCAAGGAGUGCAAGCAGGCCCUGUGUAAACAAGGAUGUAAUUUGCUCCACGGGGGAUGCAGCGUACCUGGGGAGUGCAGGUGCGGCUACGGCUGGCAGGGCAAGUUCUGCGAUGAGUGUGUCCCCUACCCAGGCUGCUUGCACGGCAGCUGCGUGGAGCCCUGGCAGUGCAACUGCGAGACCAACUGGGGCGGCCUGCUCUGCAACAAAGACCUCAACUACUGUGGCAGCCACCACCCCUGCGUCAACGGCGGUACGUGCAUCAAUGCUGAGCCUGACCAGUACCGCUGUGCGUGCCCCGAUGGCUACUCAGGCGAGAACUGCGAGCGGGCUGAGCAUGCGUGUGCUUCCAAUCCCUGUGCCAACGGAGGCUCCUGCCACGAGGUGCCGUCCGGCUUCGAGUGCUACUGCCCCUCGGGCUGGAGCGGGCCCACCUGCGCACUUGACAUCGACGAGUGCGCCUCCAACCCGUGUGCGGCGGGCGGCACCUGCGUGGACCAGGUGGACGGCUUCGAGUGCAUCUGCCCCGAGCAGUGGGUGGGGAGCACCUGCCAGCUGGACGCCAAUGAGUGCGAAGGGCAGCCGUGCCGCAACGCUUUCUCUUGCAAAAACCUGAUUGGCGGCUAUUACUGUGAUUGUGUCCCGGGCUGGAAGGGCGUCGACUGCCACAUCAACAUCGACGACUGCCACGGCCAGUGCCAGCACGGUGGCAUUUGCAAGGACCUGGUGGACGGCUACCAGUGCGUGUGCCCCCGGGGCUUCGGCGGCCGGCACUGCGAGGUGGAGCGGGACGAGUGCGCUAGCGGGCCUUGCCGCAGUGGCGGCAUCUGCGAGGACCUGGUGGACGGCUUCCGCUGCCACUGCCCCAGGGGCUUCUCGGGGCUGCUGUGCGAGGUGGACGUGGACUUCUGCCGGCCGAGCCCCUGCCGCAACGGGGCGCGCUGCUACAGCCUGGAGGGCGACUACUACUGCGCCUGCCCCGACGGCUUCGGCGGCAAGAACUGCUCGGUCCCCCGGGAGCCCUGCCCCGGGGGCGCCUGCGGGGUGGUCGACGGCUGCGGGGCGGAGGCGGGGCCGCGGGCGCCGGGCGCUGCCCCCUCCGGGGUGUGCGGCCCCCACGGGCGCUGCGUCAGCCAGCCGGGAGGCAACUUCUCCUGCGCCUGCGAGAGCGGCUUCACAGGCACCUACUGCCACGAGAACAAGGACGACUGUCUGGGCCAGCCCUGCCGCAACGGGGGCACGUGCAUCGACGAGGUGGACGCCUUCCGCUGCUUCUGCCCCAGCGGCUGGGAGGGCGAGCUCUGCGACACCAAUCUCGACGACUGCUUCCCCGACCCCUGCCACAGCCGCGGCCGCUGCUACGACCUUGUCAACGACUUCUACUGCGCCUGCGACGACGGUUGGAAGGGCAAGACCUGCCACUCGCGCGAGUUCCAGUGCGACGCCUUCACCUGCAGCAACGGGGGCACGUGCUACGACAGCGGGGACACCUUCCGCUGCGCCUGCCCACCUGGCUGGAAGGGCAGCACCUGCAGCGUGGCCCGGAACAGCAGCUGCCUCCCCAACCCCUGUGCCAACGGCGGCACCUGCGUGGGCAGCGGAGACUCCUUUUCCUGCAUCUGCCGCGACGGCUGGGAGGGCCGCACCUGCACGCACAACACCAACGACUGCAACCCCCUGCCCUGCUACAAUGGUGGCGUCUGCGUCGACGGCGUCAACUGGUUCCGCUGCGAGUGUGCGCCCGGCUUUGCGGGUCCCGACUGCCGCAUCAACAUCGACGAGUGCCAGUCUUCGCCCUGUGCCUACGGGGCCACCUGCGUGGACGAGAUCGACGGCUACCGCUGCGUCUGUCCGCCCGGCCGGGCUGGCCCGCGGUGCCAGGAGGUGAUCGGGCUCGGGAGGUCCUGCUGGUCCCGAGGUGCUGCGUUCCCCCACGGGAGCAAGUGGGCGGAGGACUGCAACAGCUGCCACUGCGUGGACGGCCGCCGGGACUGCAGCAAGGUGUGGUGUGGGUGGCAGCCCUGCCUGCUGGCUGGCCGGGCUGACGGUCUGAGUGCCCAGUGCCCACCCGGGCAGCGGUGCCAGGAGAAGGCCCCGGGCGAGUGCCUGCAGCCGCCCUGCGCGGCCUGGGGGGAGUGCAGCGCCGCGGAGCCACGGCCACCCAGCAGCCCCUGCCUGCCGCGCUCCGGCUACUUGGACGACAACUGUGCCCGCCUCACGCUGCACUUUGACCGCGACCAGCUGCCCCCGGGCACUACCGUGGGCUCCAUCUGCGCCGGGAUCCGCUCCCUGCCAGCCGCGAGGGCUGUGGCCCGGGACCACCUGCUUGUGCUCCUGUGUGACCGCUCGGCUUCGGGCCCGAGCGCUGUGGCGGUGGCUGUGUCCUUCGGCCCGUCCCGGGACCCACCGGACAGUGGCCUGGUCCAGGAGGCUGCCCAUGCGCUCGUGGCCGCCAUCACCCGGCGGGGGAACGGCUCCGUGCUGCUGGCCGUCACUGAGGUCAAGGUGGAGACGGUCGUGGUGGGCAGCUCCUCCACAGCCCCCAGGCCACCCUCAGCCCUGCCCGUCCCCAGGCGUGCUCGUGCCCGUGCUCUGCGGUGUGUUCGCCAUGCUGUGGGCGGCCUGCACUGUCAUCUGCGUCUGGUGGACACGCAAGCGCAGGAAAGAGCGGGAGCGGAGCCGGCUGCCACGGGAGGAGGGCGCCAACAACCAGUGGGCCCCCCUCAACCCCAUCCGCAACCCCAUCGAGCGGCCCGGUGCUGGGGGCCCCAAGGACGUGUCCUACCCGUGCAAGAACUUCUUGCCACCGCGCAGGGUGGGCGAGGUGCUGCCCGGGCCAGCCGGCCACAGGGCCGAGGAGGACGGGGAGGACGGGGAGCUGGGCCGUGGCACAGGGGGCUCCCCGGAGGCAGAGAAGUUCCUCGCACACAAAUUCACCAAAGACCCCGGCUUCUCGCCACGGAGGCCGGCCCACUGGGCUGCUGGCCCCAAAGUGGACAACUGGGCUGCCCGGGGUGCCGCCGAGGCCCGGUUCCCCGGCCAGGAGUAGGCGUGGGUGAGCCAGGCCCCAGGGCGCCGCGGCCACGUGCGUAGUUUCUUUAUUUUGUGUAAAAAAAAAAGGGCAAAAACAAAAAAACAAAUGUUUAUUUUUUACGUUUCUCUACCCUUGUGUAAAUUAUUCAGUAACUGUCAGGCGGAAAACAACGGAGUAUUCUCGCAUAGUCGCUAUUUUUGUAAAGUUCCCCUGCGCUGCACACGCAGCGUGGCCGCGGAGAGCAAAGGGUGGCUGCGUUUCCACCAAAUUGUGUAACGUUUGUUACCAGAGGUGGUGCACUGUUUACAGAAUCUUCCUUUUAUUCCUCAAUUGGGUGUCUCAGUGGCUGCAGGACAAACAGCCGGCGGGACCGUGGCCGGCGCUGGGGCCCGUGGUGGCCGGCGUGGCCUGUGGCCGGCGGUGGGACUCGUGGCCGGGGGCACCGUGGCCGUUGCAGCCCUGCCUGCCCCUGCAGAGCUCUCUCCGCUGAGCGCUCAGAAGUGCCCUUCCCGACUGCCCUGCUCUCCCGGGUGGCGGCAGUGUCGACGCACGACAAGUGCCUUCACGACUCCCCUUGCGGCUGUCAGCGUCGGCCGUGGCAUCGGCCCCCGGCCCCCGGCCCUUCCUUGUGAAAGUGCAUUUUUGUAAAUAUGUACAAAUUAAAUGAAUCACUCUGUAUAUUUGAUUUAAUAACUUAAACGUUUUGGCCUCCCUCA